AUGACUAUUAGUAAAAUACCCAUAUGGCUAGAUUGUGAUCCUGGUCAUGAUGAUGCCAUAGCCAUUUUAUUAGGCUGUUUUCAUCCAGCUUUCAAUCUUCUAGGAAUCAGCACGUGUUUUGGUAACGCACCACCCGAAAAUACUGAUUAUAACGCCCGAUCUCUUUUGACUGCAAUGGGCAAAGCACAGGCGAUUCCGGUUUAUAAAGGUGCACAGAAGCCUUGGAAAAGAGAGCCUCAUUAUGCACCUGAUAUUCAUGGUAUAUCAGGGUUAGACGGCACUUCAUUACUACCUAAACCGACGUUUGAAGCAAGAACUGAUAAAACCUAUAUUGAGGCCAUUGAAGAAGCAAUACUAGCUAAUGAUGGUGAGAUAUCCUUUGUGUCCACUGGUGCACUCACUACAUUAGCUACAGUUUUUAGGUGUAAGCCAUAUCUAAAGAAAUCUAUCAAAUAUAUUAGCAUUAUGGGGGGUGGCCUACAUGGUCUAGGAAACUGUAAUCCAAACCUUUCCGCAGAAUUCAACAUUUGGAUUGAUCCUGACGCAGCGAAUGCCAUAUUCCGUGAUCCUGAUGUGAAGGAUAAAUGUAUAGUAGUGCCUUUAAAUUUAACUCACAAGGCCAUAGCCACCUAUAAAGUUAACGAAACGAUAUACAACGAAAAGAAUAACUCCAAGUUACGAGAAUUGUUUUUCGAACUUUUUCAAUUUUUUGCUCAUACUUACAAGGAUAUGCAAGGUUUUGAAUCAGGCCCACCUAUACAUGAUCCGGUGGCUUUGAUGCCACUUUUAGAAUUUUAUGGAUGGGAUCCAUUGUCUGCAGUCGGAUUUCAUUACAAGAGAAUGAACAUAUCUUGCAUUGAUGAUGUUUUUAAUGAAAACUCAGGGAAAAUUAUCAUUGAGGAGGAAUAUCCAAGCGACGGCGAUGUUGGUACAAUAGUUGGUCUAGAUUUGAAUAUCCAGUACUUUUGGAAUCAGAUUUUUGCAGCGUUAAAUAGAGCAGACAAAAUGUCAACGAUUGGAUAA